UUUGUGCGCCCCCCUCCUCGACGUCACAAUACUGGAGCCGUCACAGACAGACUCAACAUUUUUGGAAUCAAAAAGAAAUAUAUGAUUCAGGUCUGAACUAAUGGAGAUGCAGGUAGUGGAUGGGGCUAGGGAGGCCUUCCAGUCAGGCAGGUCCAGACCCCUGGAAUACAGAAAACAGCAGCUCAGAGCCCUGCACCGGCUUAUCACUGAACACCAAGCAGACAUUGCACAAGCUCUAAAACAAGACAUCAACAGGAGUAUGUAUGACACUUCACUCUUUGAGCUGAUUGGUCUUGAGAAUGACAUCAAGUUGGCUGAGAGUAAUCUGGCUGACUGGGCAGCUCCUCAGCCUGUGAAGAAGAACCUCAGUACUGCUGUUGAUGAUGUUUACAUUAAGCCUGAACCUUUGGGUUUGGCGCUGAUAAUUGGAGCCUGGAACUAUCCUUGGGCUCUCACUCUGCAACCCCUCAUUGGAGCUAUUGCAGCAGGCAAUGCAGCUGUGGUGAAGCCAUCAGAGCUGAGUGAGCACUCUGCCAGACUUCUGAAAGAACUGCUUCCUCAGUAUCUGGAUAAGGAGAUGUAUCCAGUGGUGACAGGAGGGAUUCCAGAGACUCAGGAACUUUUGAAGCAGCGUUUUGACCACAUCUUCUAUACUGGAAACAGCACAGUGGGGAAACUGGUUAUGGAAGCAGCUUCUCGGCAUCUCACUCCAGUGACUUUAGAACUGGGUGGAAAGAGUCCCUGUUAUAUUGAUAAGAACUGCGACAUUGCUGUGGCAUGCCGGCGAAUAACUUGGGGGAAGUUUGCAAAUUGCGGCCAGACCUGCAUUGCACCUGACUACAUCCUGUGUGAGCCGAGCAUCCAAGACAGGAUUGUUGAGGAAAUUCGAAAUACGCUACGGGAGUUCUACCCUGAGGACCCUAAAACCUCUCCAGAUUAUGGCCGUAUCAUUAACACACAUCACUUUGACAGAGUAAUGGCUCUGAUGGAGGGAUGUACAAUUGCUCUUGGAGGAGAGAGUGAUAGGUCACAGUGUUACAUAUCUCCCACAGUCCUACAGAAUGUUUUGCCCCAUUUCAGAAUCAUGCAGGAAGAAAUCUUUGGACCUCUGCUGCCUAUUGUCACUGUUAAUGAUUUGAGUGAGGCCAUACAUUUUAUCAAUGGAAGGGAAAAGCCCUUGGCACUCUAUGUGUUUUCCUAUGAUAAAAAGGUAAUUAACCGAAUGUUAAUGGAAACUACCAGUGGAGGAGUGACUGUUAAUGAUGUUAUGAUGCACUAUACUCUUAAUUCCUUACCUUUUGGAGGAGUGGGAAACAGUGGAAUGGGUCGAUACCAUGGCAAACACACCUUCGACCAGAUGAGUCACCAUCGUUCCUGCCUCAUCAAGUCUUUUGCCAUGGAGAGUUUGAAUGACGCCCGCUACCCCCCACUAUCAGUAGCCCGGGUGCGCAAGGCCAAGCUUGUCUUGCAGACUCGGUGGUGCAGUUGUUGUAGUGGCAUGUGUGUGUGGGCCGUCAUCUCCACCGUAGUGGCUGUCGGUCUUCUUAUUGCCUUACUGGUUGUGUUGCUAUAGGUAAAGGAUUUUACUGCCUAUUAUAGUAUGGCAUUGUGAAAUUCUUGAUUCUGAUUGGUUAGAACACAUUCCAAGGGGCUGAUUUGUUUUUUCAAGAAAAUUAAUUGGGGGUAUAAUAAGGUAGUUCUAGGAACAAGGGAGUUUUAGGGGUAAAAACCUGAAAAAUGUCUCAAGAUAAACACAUGUACAUUGGUUAACCAUGUUAAAAAUUAACCACUUUUCUUUGUUUAUACAUUUUCUGUGGGAUAAUUUGCAGUUUUUCAGAAAUGGCAUAUGAUUGAAUUAUAUUUCCCAACAGAAUUGCUUAAUAACUGAAUUUUCCAGGGCACUAACAAUGCAUGAUUGUUCAUAAACAAUGUUCCCUCCCACUUCCACAGGGGAUUCCAAUUUAAAGUAGAUCCCCUUGUCUGAAGAGCAGCUGUUCAAGUUUAUUAUUGUAUUUGAAUGUUCUGAUUCAGUAACAACAUUUUGUUCACUGUAAAACUAUGUAUAUUUUUCAGUACUUUGAAAAUACAAAGUCGCCUACUUUUU